AUGGUAUUGUACAAGAGGAAGCCAAUCGUUCUUCCCAACCCUGGAGUUUUACCCAGAAAUUUGGAUAUAUCUGUAUGGCAUAUUGACGAGACCGGGGAGUGGUUUUUUACCUACGAGGAAUACCUCAACAGACUAGACUUUUACACAAAACACAAUUUCACAUGCGAAAUCACCGGUACGUCAUGUUUAACUUUUUUUCAAGCACUGGACAGCGAAGAGACCCAGUUUAGGUACGUCGAGGAUAAGUUCCCACUGAAACUAAGAGAACCUGUGGCAAGAUUUUUACAUUUCAAUGAAAUUAGGAGGCUAGACGCACUUGUUGAAAAAGUGUAUGCAAAGUUCAAAAAUGACUUUUUCCCAGGUGAGAUAGUAUAUUUGAGGAAGGCAAGGGAUUCUAACUCCGGUGUGACCUCCACAACAUCUUCCAAACAAAACACACCGCAACCGGCCGAGCAUGUUACAUUGGAGCAACCGCAGUCUCAGAGACCUUAUGUCAUCAAGGAAAAGGUUCAAUUUAACGCGUCUAUUGAUCCCGUUACGAAAGAUGAAAUUGUCCCAGGACAUUCGAAAUAUAUGCUUGCUGAGGAUGAAUCUUUGAGCGGCGGUGCAAUGUACAGCAAGAAACUGUUUGUGGCAGAUCAGUCACAGAUCUAUAGGGAUAGGUCGACUUUUACAAAACACCUAAUCAAGUGUUUCUUCAAAAUCACGCUACAUAGGGCGUCAUCCAAGAUGGGUGCCCCAUGGUGUGUCAAACCAGAAUACUUGAAGAUGUACGGUCUGACGAUGGACUGGCCAGCUAGCUUGGCAGCGUUUAAAGACGAUGAACCCGUCAUUACACGGAACGACAAGAAUGAAAAAAAAAUAGAAGGAAUUGUUCCCGAAGAGACAAUAGAUUCGAUAGAUAAAUCUAACUUAUCGACAAUAUCAAUGACAGAUCAACAUCCCAAACGUAACAACGACUUAAUGGAUGGUGAGUUACCUGAAGAAUCAAACGGUUCCUCGCAAAAGAAACCGAAGAAUGCUCAAGAACGAAAUGAGGGAGAAGAGGAAACAAAUCCGGAACCAACACCAGAUGUUGCCUCGCAUUUGGUGAUAACUAGUAUAGUUAAUGACAUGGAGAUCCCGUACACUGGGAGACCGCCAAUUUAUGUUUCAGAUUUUUCGUUUUAUAACGAGAAGCUGGAAGGCAUUCCAGUUUGCAUUGAAAAGUCACCAUCCAAGAAAAUAAUACCGAAUUUUGAAAGGUUAUUGCAAGUAUAUCAGUUUGUUUCGACAUUCAAUACCACUCUAAUGCUGUCGAAUUUUUCUUUUGAUGAACUGGUAACCAGUUUUAAAUGCACAGAUGCUGUCGAGUUGAAGGGCGAGACAGUACAUGUAUCCUUGAACAAUGUGGAAAAAGAGGACAUAGAUGAUAAAGAAGAUAGCAGCUGGCAAAGAAAUCCGAAAGUCCGCCAGAUGAUAAAGGAAAAGAAUGUCCUUGAUCAAAAACUCUCCUAUAAAAUCGUUUUGGAUGAUCCAGCCUCUGAUGAAGUUCUGGACAACAUCAAUGGUAAUGGGUCUGGGCUAUUAAUUGAGAUAUUUUCUGCCUUACUAAGUUUAUUCAUAGACGAAAAUGGCGAAUGGUCUGUAAUAAUUUUUGAUGAAUGGACAACAACUUACAGUGAUACCAGGGUGUAUGACUGCAAAACAGAGGAUUUAUAUCUUGAUAAUAGCAUUGAACACAAUGGAUAUAGGGGCCAAAGAGCAGAAAAUGAAGAUUCUGCGCAGAACGGUGAAGAUCCUCCUAGCACUAAUCGUGAGCCCGAUAUUGUGGGAAAUAAUAAUUUUCAGAGAGAAAACGAAGAAGAUAACGAUCUCAAAAUUGAAGAGGGUAGUGCCGCUGCGAAACUAGAUCAGGAGGAUGUUGAUAUGAAAGAAAAUGUGGAAGAUGACGAACAAUUUGACGAUUUACUGAACUAUUGUCUAAAUUAUCGGAAUGUCAGUUGGGCUGAAAGAUUAACGAAAAGACAGUUUAAUAAUGGAAUGUGGGUAAUAACUCUAUUAGGAGUUUUCCAAGAUAGUAUUGUGAUACCGAAGUACUCCAAAUUCAUACAUUCUUUCAGUAAGAAGAUAGUGCCGAAUGAAAUAAACGCAAAUCAACUACCGAAACAGUUAUGGCGAAAUUUUUGUCGUAAUUUAACUUUGGAUGAAAAAAUUACUUCGCUUUGGAUUUUGGUAGAGGUAGUGGCUAACUUCUCACCGGCAAUAAAAAAUUCGAUUGAGGAAUCGAUGGAACUAUGUAUGCAAAUCCGCAGUGAAAGGUUUCGUGUUUCCAGGCUUUUGAAAACAGAAAUGAAUAUCUUGGCAUCAAUGGAAAAGGAUAAUGAAUCACCGGAAUAUUUACAACAAAAAUCGAAAACAGACUCCCUACAAUGCGAUAAAAACAUACUAGAUAAGAAGUUAAUGGAAAACGAUUAUCAGAGGUUGAAAGCGUUAGGGCAUGAUAGGUACGCUAAUAGAUAUUUUUGGCUUGACCUAACCGGCAUCCCAAAUUGUGAGUUCUCUGAAAAUGAGACAAGGUAUAAUAUGGGUCGCUUAUGGGUGCAAGGACCUUCGACGUAUAAUGCAAAGAAGUUUUUGAGUAUCACAGAUGAAGAACUUGAAAAAUGGAAACAGAUCUCAAGGGAAAAAGGUAAUGCAGCUGCCACCAAAGAGGUUUUCGACAUUUACAGAACUGAAUCAGGAUCGUACAACUUGAUCGACAGGGCUAACAGUACAGAAAUUGAGCUACUAUCAGCGGAAGGUGAAUCUAAUAAACUGAUAAGUCUAACUCCCAUUCAACGAAAAAUUUUGGACGAAACCCCGGAUUGUUUAUUACUGGAUUCUAACAAAUGGUACUACGUCGAGAAAUUUGACCAUUUGAAGUCAGUCAUAGAGUGGUUUGAUACGUGGGGCAGGAAAGAGCAUGAUCUUUUGAGACAAUUCAAAUCUGUUAUUAACGGAAUGGAGGACACUUUUUUGAUUAGAAACAAUUGUUUGAAUCUUUUCGCGGAGGAUCCAAAGGAACUAAAACUUUUAAACGAACUUAACGCAACUGAUUUAACAGACGAAGAUUUUGUUGCAUUGGAUUUAAAUGACGAAUUAGGGAAUGUUUCAUCUAGAGAAAAAACCGACGAAAGUACAUUAGAAGAUAUCGAAUCCAAGCUGGAUGACAUUGCCGAACAGAUAAUGAAACUCGAUGAUAGCUCAAAAACCAGAAAUGUGUUGCAGGAACUGGAAGAUCUUGAAAAAGCGAAAGAUGAUCUACUAAAGCAGAAGCAACAAGUCCUGAAUACUCAAGGGAAUGGAACGAAAAUGAUGGCCAGAGGUGAACUGAAACGCCGCAGAACACUGUGUAGAAAUAAGAUUUCCACGAGAGCGCAGGUUCUUACCUACUUAUUGAAUUACAGGCACUUCAGAAAUAUGGAGAAUGUCAUUUCAUGGAAAAAUAAACUUGCGAUCACCAUAUUCGGUAACGAAAUUCGCAAAAAUGCAUUUACGAGUAAAAAGAAAUACGACAAUAUUCGGGUACAAUCUGUGGAAGAAAAACUGAAAGAUAUAAUAGACCAAACUUCCAAAAUGACCCAUUCAGGAACCUCCACCGUAGAAUAA